AUGAUUGUCCCAUCCGGAGACUCAACGAAGCCUCGAAUUCGAGAUCUAGGCUAUGCGCCGGGACGGUUCCCACCAGGGCCCCAGAAUUCUAUCUUGGACGUUGAUGGUGUACAAGUUGGUCAAGUUACCAUUCACGAGGAGCGCGGCAUUCACACAGGAGUCACGGUCAUCUUGCCCCGUGGCCCUGAAGAAACGGCUCUGUCGCCAUGUUAUGCGGCUACCCAUGGCCUGAAUGCAGCUGGUGAAAUGACAGGCGCUCAUAUGAUUUACGAAUGGGGCCACCUUGCUUGUCCAAUUGCAAUUACAAAUACUGUUAGUAUUGGCAAAGUUUACGAUGCAUUAUUCCUAUGGUGCAUGGAUCAAUCUCGGAAGAGAGGAGAGAACGACUUAGAGGCUUUGCGCCGGUUUACGAUCCCCGUCGUAGCAGAAACGUUUGAUGGAUAUCUCAAUGACAUCUGCGCGUCAGUAAUAGACAGGGAUGUAGUUAACAAGGCAAUAGCUGCAGCGCAACAUCAGCCAAAAGUUCUUGAGGGCAAUCACGGCGGGGGCACUGCUAUGAUUUGUUCAGGUUACAAAGGAGGCACAGGCACCAGCUCGCGUGUCGUUCCUGGUCCACAAAAGAACUAUACUCUCGGUGUUGUUGUACAAGCCAAUCACGGUGGGCGACCAGACUUGCGAAUAGCCGACGUCCCAGUGGGAAGGCUUUUGAUGGACGAGGAUCGUAAGAGGUCAGCUGGUGAAGCCGAGAAGAAGGAUGCGGCUCCAGAAGGGGGGAAAGCUAUGGAAGGCAGUAUUAUUGUGGUUAUUGCAACGGAUGCACCAUUGCUUCCACACCAACUUAAGAGGCUCGCCCAACAUGCUGGAAUGGGUGUAGCUCAGGUCAGUGGCCACUCGGCUGGACGAAACUUUUCUGGCGAAAUCUUCUUGGCCUUUUCUACGGGAACAUCACCUAAUAAAUUGGCCGAAGCAUCGAACGGAAUGUCCUAUCUACCACCCGUAGAGACACAGGGAGUCGACACUGUAAGAAAUGAAACCAUUGACACAUUACUAUAUGCAGUAUCAGAGGCUACGGAGGAGGCUAUUUUGAACGCUCUAUGUCAGGCCGAAACCCUGACAGGCUUUCAAGGAAGAAAAAUCGAAGCCCUACCGUUGGACAGAGUACAAGCUUUGUUGAACAAGUAUAUGGUGCCUAAAUAG